CCCAUUCUCCUCACACUGACUCGCUCGUUCCUCCGGAAGUUCAGAGCUUUUUGGUUUUGCCCUCAAACAAACCCCAGCCAUCUAACCUCCACCACCGCCGUAGGGACUGGGACUGGGACACUGGGACCACCACCACCACCCCUAUUCACUCUCACGGUCUCACCAGUCACAGCUUCUUCCUUGAGCUCAGCGUCUGUCAUUGUCUUGUCUGCUCAGCUGCGCUUUUGCUGCCGUCCGUCGCGCUCAGGAGCUUCCUGUCAUCGUCCGGUCGUCGUGCUCCAAGUUUCCAACCCCCUCCUCAUUCACCAAUCGCAGCUUCUGCAUCUAGUCUUCGUCUGCUCAGCCGCGCUUCUGCCGCCGUCCCUCGUCGUGCACGUCGCCUGGUCGCCUUUGUCCGUUGCGCUCAACUGCUCUCCUUCACACUCUACCCAGACUGCUCAGAUCGAAGGCAUGCACUUGGUGGCUUUGAUGGAAGCACAAUGGUGUCGACCAUUGAAGUGUUCGAUCCUCGUGCGAAGCAUGGAUAACUUGGGAACAAAUGAAUCAUCCUAGGGGAUAUUUUGCUGCUGCUUUUGUUAAAGAGUCUAUACAUGUAAUUGGGAGAGUCAAGGUUGGAGAGAACAUUAUAGAAACGGUACAUUUGUCUACUAACACUAGUCUUAAUCGUAAUUCAUUGGCACCUGUUCCAUGCUGUGCUAAUUGCACAAAAAUGGUUGGAAAAAUGUGUUUUUGUUCGGCUAUAGCUCUUUAGGCAGCACAACAAAAGGUUAUACAAAGAGAAGAGGAAACCAUGAUAUUCACCAAUGAACAAAGACAACAAGAGCGAACUGGAAAAUAUGGAAGUCCUAGAUUUCAAUACCUUCAGGAACUGGUGACUCAGUUUCAGAACACAACUGAUGAAGAAACAAAAGAGAGGAUUUCGGCAAAUUUGGCCAACUUUGCAUAUGAUCCUUACAAUUAUAACUUUUUGCGCCAAGUAUGGAGCCAAAGAAUUGCAUAUGAUGUACUUUGUAACUUUCUUUCGUACCGAAGCACGGGUUGUUCAAUUUGUAACUUCUGUUUUACCCAAUUUGAUACAUGAGCAGCUUAAAGUUUUGGAACUCUUCCUGGACUGCAUGACUGAACCCAAUGAAAAACUUGUAGAGUUUGGUGUUGGAGGCAGCUGCAAUUGUUGUGCUGAUCAGGCAAAUGUUGCAAUUGUAAGUAAGUUUGGUGGCAUACCUCUUAUCAUUCAAUGUCUAUUAAGCCCAGUCAGGAACACUGUAAAUUAUGCACUUGGAGCACUUUAUUAUGUCUGUAAUGAAUUUAACAAGGAAGAAAUUUUAAAGCCAAAAGUUGUUGAUACCAUCAAGAGUUCAAGUUAUAUUAGAAGAAGCUCGAACCCGAAACUUCUAUACGGAGAGGGAGGACAAAUGCCAUUUGAGCUACCGUUCAUUGGCUAUUUAUUUGAUUGUGAGAGUUCAGAUUUUGAAAGGAAAGGAAAAGAAGGGAAUGCCUUGAUGAGUAAAGUGGAAUCAAUUUUAUUCUUCAAGCCGUUUCCUUUCAUCUUUUUCCGCCUAAGACCUCAAUUCACAUGCUUGUGGAUGUAUAAUGGGUCAAUGGGAUGGAAAUUCUUACAUAUGAACUCUGUAAUUUAUGUAGUUAGACUUAUCUAUGAAAAAUUACUACCCCAUUUUUAACUACCCUGAAGCCAACCAAACCAAGAAAAAUUUCAGGGCGCUCUCAUUAUGUUCUUUUGUAAGUUAAGAAUUAUUCCCAUUGGGGCUAAUAUCCUUUUCACCAGUAAAUGCAUUGUCAUAAUUCCAAAGUCAUUUUCAUAUAAAUAAAGGGUGGGGUUGUUGAAG